CUGCAAGGCGCCAGGCAACCGACCGCCACUCCAUCCUCCUCCUCUGGCUCCCUCGCUCGCUCUCACUCAGGAUCGUACCUUGUUCGCCACGGCUAGCACCCUGGCUCUGCCUUUCUUUUACUACCCGGGCGUGAAAGCUUCGAUACUAGACUAGACUACAAAUCCACUCAAGCGUCUCACGUUUUCCUCUUAUCGAACAAGAAGAUGUCCGGACGCCGUAGUGGUGCCGGUGGGAGGAGGAAUGGUGCGGGGAUUCGGGGUCCGCAUUCUGCGUUGACGGACUUUUUGGCGUCGCACAAUAUCUCCGCCGCCGAAAUCAGAGAUUCGUAUCGUCAGCGUAUGCUACAGGCAGAGCAACAAGCAGCACAGGAGCAAGAACAAACUGGAGGUGGGGAAACUCAGGACAAUGGCGAGGGGCCUUCGCGAGCUGCAGACAGUAGACCAGAAGAAGACAUAGAGGAGCAAGAAGAAGAACAAGAGGAACAAGAACAAGAAGAAGUCGUAGCAGAAUCAUCUACUGCGGCAGCUGAGCGGACACGCAAACGCAAGCGCGAGCAAGAAGAAGCGAUUGCGAAGAUCAAAAAGGGAAAGACGGCGAAGAAGGGAGCGACAAAGAAGAAGGGUAAGAAGAAGGGUGGUUCCGACGACGAGGACGAUGAAGACUUCGACCUCAUGGACAUGUACCGCAAGGCCAAGAAGCUCCCUGGACAGCUGGAGAACUGCGAAAUCUGCGAGAAGCGCUUCACCGUCACGCCGUACACCAAGUCUGGCCCCGACGGGGGCCUAGUGUGUGCCAAGUGUGGGAAGGAGAUGGCAAAGGAGGCCAAGGCGGCGGAGAAGGCGAAGAAGCCGGUUGUCAGAAGAGGCCGGAGGAAGAUUGAGAGUAACAAGCUUGAUGGCUUGACAUUCCGGGGUGCGAAGACGCUGCAGCAGCUCUGCAUUGAGAAGUUGGCGAAACAUGCAGAUGACAUCGAGGAGUUUGGCGAUAUGCCCGAGUCGCUGAUGCAGCGGCUGGCGGAGAUCUUCUCGAAAAAGAGGGCGAUGAAUUCGACGACUUUCAAGCUGUUUUUGCAGCCGGAUGUGGACGUUGUGGCUAUCCAUGAGGCAGCUUACCUUGAGACGGAAGACUACGAUCAGAUCUUCGCCAUCGUUCCUGGGAUUAAGAAGCUCGUUCUCCGCAACUGCUGCCAGUUCAAGGACGCUAACAUGGAGUAUAUGAUUGAGAAAGCCAGGCAUCUGACCGAUAUCCAGCUCCUCGGAGCCAACCUCGUUUCAAAUGACAAAUGGAUCGACCUCUUCGUCGCCCGUGGCCCAGAUCUCAAGUUCUUCAAGGUCGAAUGGCUCGACGCUGCUUUUGACGACCAGGCGGUGGAAGCACUCGCUACCUUCUGUCCCAACCUCGAGCGACUGAAGAUUGAGCGCUGCAAACAACUUGGCACGGCGAGCAUUGACGCCAUCGCCCGGAUGGAGAAGCUGGAACACCUUACGCUUCGCUUCUACCAGGAAGUUCCCAUCGAACGCCUCAUCAACCUCAUUGGCUGUGUUGGCGCUAACCUCCAGACGCUCUGCCUAGAGCACUUCCUCGACAACAGCGAUGACCCGAACGACCACAUCCUGGAAGCCAUCCAUAGCACAUGCAGCAAACUUAGCAAGUUCCGCUUCACAGAGAACCACGAGUGCUCCGACGAAGGAUACGUCAAUCUCUUCACCAACUGGGCCAACCCCCCUCUGCGCUACAUCGACCUCAACAGUACCCGCGAUCUGGACAACGCCAACCCCGACGGCCCGCAGGAUAAACCCAUCGGCCUCGCCUCCGCGGGCUUCAAAGCCCUGAUGCAGCACUCCGGCUCCGCGAUCGAAUACCUCGACAUCUCCUCGUGCAGGCACAUCUCCUACGCCACCUUCUCGGAGAUUUUCGACCCCAAAACCAAUGUCUACCCCCGCUUGAGAGAGAUCAACCUCUCCUUCUGCCCGGUCGUGGACACGGCGAUCAUCGCGGGGGUGUUUCGGUGCUGUCCCGAGAUCAAGAAGGUGGUUACGUUUGGGUGUUUCCAGGUCGCGGAUGUGGUUGUGCCGAGGGGCGUGGUGCUGAUUGGGGCUCCCAAGGCGCAGGAUGCGAUUGAGCAGUUUGGGGAGAUGGUGAUGGAGUUCCAGAAGGAGGUGGAGGGGGUGGGUGCCGGGAGGGUGGUGCCUGUUAUGGGCUAG